AUGGGGAGUAGUAACAGUGAGUGUUCCCUGGAGAGUGGUAACAGUGAGUGCUCCAUGGGGAGUGGUAACAGUGAGUGCUCCAUGGGGAGUGGUAACAGUGAGUGCUCCAUGGGGAGUAGUAACAGUGAGUGCUCCAUGGGGAGUGGUAACAGUGAGUGCUCCAUGGGGAGUGGUAACAGUGAGUGCUCCAUGGGGAGUAGUAACAGUGAGUGCUCCAUGGGGAGUGGUAACAGUGAGUGCUCCCUGGGGAGUGGUAACAGUGAGUGCUCCCUGGGGAGUAGUAACAGUGAGUGCUCCAUGGGGAGUGCUAACAGUGAGUGCUCUCUGGGGAGUGCUAACAGUGAGUGCUCCAUGGGGAGUGCUAACAGUGAGUGCUCCCUGGGGAGUGCUAACAGUGAGUGCUCCCUGGGGAGUGCUAACAGUGAGUGCUCCCUGGGGAGUGCUAACAGUGAGUGCUCCCUGGGGAGUGCUAACAGUGAGUGCUCCCUGGGGAGUGGUAAUUGA